UGAACGUGACGUGCCGACUCGGAGCCGAGGAGCGAGGUUUCCUGGCGGAGCUUCGGAGGGAGCAGGAGCCGAGCCGGUCUGUCUGUCUGUCCGUGUGUCUGUCUGCCGUCGCCGCCGCCGCAGUCUCUGUCUGUCUGGGACAAACACACAAAAAAACCCUCCUCUUUUCGGCUUCCUCGGCCUGGACAUCAGCGGCUAUGGAUCCAUCGCUGUCCUCCUCCUGCUUUCACCACUGACGGACGUUACUCCGUUGGAUGCUCCAGUGCCCAUAGAGGAGGAGGGGAGGAGGUGGAGGAGGAGGAGGAAGAGGAGGGGGGCUUCCCUAUCAUUCUUCGACUACCAGGCUGACUCACCGCUGGAGCGCCUGAACACAGAGGAAGAAGAAGAAGAAGAAGAAGUUUGAAGAGAACUGAGAAGCAGAGAGUGAGAAGGAGGGAGGGAGAGAAAGAGGGGAGGGAAAAAAACAAUUAAAAGAGGUGAGGAAGACUAGGAGGGGAGAGAGAGAAGGAAGACAGCAAGAGAAAGUCAGGGUGGGUCGGCAGGGCGAGAGCAGGAAAGAGAAAGUGAAAGAAAGAGAGAACGAUAGAGAGACAUUAUAGGGUCAUACAGCCCAGUGGAGAACAAGUUGACAGAUCUGAAGUCAGGCGAGAGGGGGCGCAGGUAGGUUGGAGUUAGGGUGGAGGUCGGAGGUCAAGCGGUCAGACGGGAGGCUGACUGAGCUUCAGCCGAACAAACUGUCCCGCUACCCCCCUACCCCCGACAACUGCCCUUUCACCGUCACCACACUGGGAGAGCUGGUGACGAGGAGAAGCCACCAUGAGCGACCAGAACGUCGUCAAGGAAGGCUGGGUCCAGAAAAGAGGUGAGUAUAUCAAGAACUGGCGACCACGCUACUUUCUGCUGAAGACAGACGGCUCUUUCAUCGGCUACAAGGACAAACCACAGGACUCUGACCUGGCCUACCCGCUCAACAACUUCUCUGUAGCAAAAUGUCAGCUGAUGAAGACAGAGCGGCCCAAGCCGAACACCUUCAUCAUCCGCUGUCUGCAGUGGACCACCGUCAUCGAGAGGACUUUUCACGUAGACACUCCUGAUGAGAGGGACGAGUGGGCAGAGGCCAUCCAGAUGGUAGCUGAGUCUCUGGCCAAACAGGAGGAGGAGGGCAUCCUGUGCAGCCCCACCUCCCAGAUCGAGAACGUCAACGAGGAGGAGAUGGACACCUCCAUCAGCCACUACAAACGAAAGACAAUGAAUGACUUUGACUAUCUGAAGCUUCUGGGCAAGGGCACUUUUGGGAAAGUCAUUCUGGUGAGGGAGAAGGCGAGUGGUACCUACUACGCCAUGAAGAUCCUAAAGAAGGAAGUCAUCAUAGCCAAGGAUGAAGUUGCUCACACACUCACAGAAAGUAGGGUAUUAAAAAACACUCGGCAUCCAUUCCUAACUUCUCUGAAGUACUCGUUCCAGACGAAAGAUCGGCUGUGCUUUGUAAUGGAGUACGUCAACGGAGGAGAGCUGUUUUUCCAUUUGUCAAGAGAAAGAGUCUUUUCGGAGGACCGCACCCGUUUCUAUGGCGCUGAGAUCGUCUCUGCUCUAGACUACCUACAUUCUGCCAAGAUUGUCUAUCGGGAUCUGAAGCUGGAGAACCUCAUGUUGGACAAAGACGGCCACAUCAAGAUCACAGACUUUGGCCUCUGCAAAGAAGGCAUCACCGACACUGCCACCAUGAAGACCUUCUGUGGAACACCAGAGUACCUCGCUCCUGAGGUGCUGGAGGACAACGACUACGGGCGGGCGGUGGACUGGUGGGGUUUGGGUGUGGUGACGUAUGAGAUGAUGUGCGGCCGCCUGCCGUUCUACAACCAGGACCAUGAGAAGCUGUUCGAGCUCAUCCUCAUGGAGGAGAUCAAGUUCCCACGAACCCUGUCGGCCGACGCCAAGUCGCUGCUGUCAGGGCUGCUCAUCAAGGACCCCAACAAACGGCUGGGCGGCGGACCAGAUGACGCUAAGGAGAUCAUGCGACACAGUUUCUUUGGCACAAUCGACUGGCAGGACGUCUACGACAAGAAGCUGGUCCCACCUUUCCAGCCCCAGGUCAGCUCAGAGACGGACACGCGCUACUUCGACGAGGAGUUCACAGCACAGACCAUCACCAUCACUCCGCCGGAAAAAUACGACGAGGACGGGAUGGACGCGGCGGACAACGAGCGAAGGCCUCAUUUCCCACAGUUCUCCUACUCAGCCAGCGGGCGGGAGUGAGCGCUCGGGGCCCAGCCAGCCAGUAUCGUACCCAUUCGUGGCCAUUUUGAGGAAAACACGUAGCCAUUUUAGGGAAAAAAAAUACCAGUCUCCCCUCUUUUUCUCCUUCUCUGCCUCCUCACAGAUGGGGAGAAGUCUUUUUAGGGACUUUAAAAGAGGUUUUUGCACAGUGGGAUAGACUCCAGCCGGUCUCCCCACACUAAAAAAUAAGUCUCCUACAUUUUCAGCGCUAUUUACUGCAGAAGGCAAUGUUUUUGUUAUUUAUUUUUUUCUCUUUGUCAGUAUUAAGUUGUCGACCCGGGUUGCGUUCAUCUUUAUUUUUUGUUUGAUGUUCUGCCCUUUUUCUUUUUGACUUUUUGCACUUGGUUUGGAAGAGCCGUUUUAGGGAACAAAAAACCAAAAAUGUUGCCUUACGUGUGCAGAUGUUUCGUAUCAUACCGACAGGGUGAUUUUUGUUUGUUUGUUUGUUUUUGGGAGAGGGCGGGCGGUUUUCGGGGUUGAGAAUAAGUGCAUGGCUCGUGGAUCACUCAAAAAAAAAAACAAAAAAAAACACCUACAAAAAUGUUUUCUCUCUCAUACAUUUGCCAUGGCAGCGCACAUUCCCCAAUCCCAUGGCAAUGAAGAUCACCGUCUACAGGUCAACAAAAAACAAGCAAAAGAAAGACGAGCGAGGACGAGUCUGUAUCAUUCCUUUCAUUGUUGCAGUGUUACUACUUUGCUGUUGUAUUUUUUCAACCCAUGUUUUUUUCUCGCACUCUACUUCUAAGUUGUUCUUUUACUUUGAAACAGGAAACACUAAACUGCCAGAAACUGCACAGUUCACUCAGGCGCCACAGAGCACAACCGCGUUCAAACUCAGCUAACCGCUCCAGCUUUCCACAGCCGGCAGGGGAACGAGGCCUUUCUCUGCUUUCUCACCGCUCCUCCUCCUCCUCUUCACCUCCUCACCUCCGCUCUUCUGUUUCCUCAUCGUAGCUGUAGGACUAGUGGAAUGGGUGUUUACACAGGGACAUGUGGCUUAAUGUAUGUAUGUACUGUAUGUAUGCGGGACAAGGGGGUUAACCAUAUGCUGUCAUAGCACACACACACACACACACACACACAUAUAUAUUCACACUCAGAAACAGGAAACAGCUGUGAGUUCUGCGUGCUGAUCAGACUGAAGUCGACAGUUUACACCACACAAAAUCAAAUUAGUUGUUUUCUUAAACGAACAGAAUAUCAGAACGCCAAGUGUGUUUGUGAAACAGCAACAGUUGAUGUCAGGUGAAGUACCGCACAGUAAAUGUGUUUAUCCACUCCGACUCCUUAAAGCUGUGGUAUUUCUUUCUGCCUGCCUAGUAAAGCAUAAACUGAACAGAGAGUCAGUCAAAUUUCACAAGUGUUUUUUUUCUUAAUUGUAAGCUAAAUCCACAUCAGUCACUCAGCAGCUCGAGUUCUUCUAAUUGCAAAUAAAUAAAAGGAGGAAUGUUAACCCCCCAUUUUCCUCCUACUAAAAAAACUCUUCAUCCAUCGAACAGACCAACAGUUUCAGUGAUAUUUCUGGAAAAUAGGAGGUUAAGUGGAGCAGUAGCACAACCUAAUAAAUCAUGUCAUAACUAUGAGCAUGUUAAAGGAGUAGUUUAAAACUAAAUUAAUCCACUAAACCAGAAUGUAAUUUUUCUUGUAGUUUCAGUUAAGUUUCGCCUCCUCUACGAGGCUUACUGCUAAAAACCUUUCGGUAUCCUGGCAGCGUUUGUAUUUAUAACUAAAUCAGAGGGGGUUAGGGUUCGGACUGAUGGUUGUGUUCGUGCAGUAAGGUUACGCAGCGCUUAAGUGAUAUGAGUUUGGAAUCGUGGUGGGAUUUCCUCAAAACAAGAAUAUUUUCUCAUAAUAGGAAAUAAACACUAAAUAUGAGAGUAGAGGCCUUCACGGGUCCAUUUAGAACCCCAGUGGGUCCAAAGGAUUUAGUCUAAUCAGGUCAGUUACAGUCCUGUUGCACAGCAUUGCAGCAUUUUGGAUGACAUAUAUAAUAUGUGCACUUGUGGAUUUAGGUGGGUUUACCACAGGUCUGCUUUGGUUUCAGUUUAGUAGUGAGCCUGUAGACCAGACUACAAUCCCUGGCAGCAACACAUCCUGCUUGUAUUUACAACUACAAGCACAAACUUAGUGAGUCCUGGCCUCUAGUGGUCUGAGAGGUGCACAACACUUGGACAACCCUGAAAAACCUUUGAUUCAUUCAGAGGUUGGUACCGAACACAAUGAACUCACUGCGUGGAUCAAAGUUUAAUGUGACUUUUUCGGCCAUUUCACCUGUGAAAACACAUUUGCUUUGUUUCUGGAAAAUACUGCCGACUUCAGCUGCUCUGCAGAAAUCAGCUCACACUCUUCAGGGUUCCUGCACACAUCUGGAAAGGUUCAGAGGAAGAAUUUGGUGAUUUCCAGGUCUUAAAAGCUAUUUGCAAUUGCUACAGAUUUUGGAAAAUUGUUUGUUUUCUGCUGCCCUGUCAUCUCAUACUCUUGAAGUUCAUGUGUAAAAGUGAUGAAAUAGGUCAGAGACAUGAAACAUAUCGAAGAGCAAGAGUCUUGUGACACUUUUGGACAACUUUGGACCUUUGGGCAACUGUGUGGGAACCCUGACAGCAUACACAAGGCUUUCAUUCAUGUUCACACACAAAUACAACAGAUAAAAACAAAGACUGUUUUUAGACGAUAAAUCAGAGUGAAGAUUUAAUUUAUCACACAGACACUAACAGAAACGAGGCUUCUAGCUCCAGAUGCAGGGGUUCUGUUCCCCGUGUAUCCUGUUAGUAUUGUGGGGGGGGGGAAAAAACUUUAUUUAUACACACGUAUAUGUUUCUAGAUCUGAACUGAGGGUAUCAAUAAAUCACUAAUCAUGUCACAGUUCACGAGAAAAACUGAGCCAUGAGACACUCAUGUAUGAAGACUGUGAGGACUGCCAGUAUAAAAAAGUCGCCCCCAAACUUGUUGAUGUAAAUAUGCAAUGCCUUUUUAUUUUUAUUUUUAUUUUUAUUUUUUUGGGAUCUUUAGUGGCAUCUUGACGGACGAGACAAACUUUUUCCUUUACCCGUGUGACUGUACUUCAAGCUUGCUGAUGAGAAUAACAACAACAACCACGAUUCAAAAACUGCAUUUAAAAAGAAGAAAUAAUUUUAAAAAAAAGACAGCGUCAAAGACUGGACCCUUCCAUUUAUAUAUAUAUUUUUUUCUGCGUUGAUACACGGACUCGACUAGUUAUCGUCCACGGAGGGUGUUUCCAUGAAGACAACCCCCCCUCCCCCCUGCCUUCCUUUUGUCGCCAUGGACCCCAAAAUGGAUCGACUCCCAAAUUUCUGAGGACAUGACUGUAACUGUGGAGCCUGCACUGUCGUUUGUUUCCCUUCACCCUUUAAAAAAAAAAAAAAAAAAAAAAAAAAAGGACAAAAAUACAAAAAGUGGGACCGUGGCUGACAUUUUUUACUUUUUUUCUUUUGCAGUGCUGGUUUCAUCAGGUUGUUCCAAUCCCAUCAUCCCUUGCUCCUCCUUUUUUUUGUACCAUAGUAUUUGUUUUAUUUAUGUUUGUCAUUCUAGGCAGUGUUUCCUUGUAUGUCGUUAAAAAAAGGCACCUCUUGAAAGUCGUUGAAGGAUGAUGAUGAUGGAUGCAUUAACUGAAGUCUCUUUUUAUUCUUUUUUGGAUCGUUUGCUUGUUUGUUUUCUUACCAAAACAUUAGGGCAAGAACCCAGUAGUGGACUUGCAUUGGCGUGGUAGUAUUUAUUUUGAAUUAAAUUAAAAGAAAUACAUUUCAGGGUU